UGCCAUGCCAUACCAUACCAUGACGUCACAUAAACCAUCCUCUUCUAUAUAUUCACACCGUUUGCCUUCAUUUCUUACCUUCAAACAAGUCUCUUCUGUAAUUGAGAACCAUCAAAUUCUCCAAACCUAAAAUUAACAAUUUCAAAUGGGCGAGCAAAAGGAAGCUCCGAAGGUCGACGGAGAGAAGAAGGCCGCCGAUGCCGCCGUCAAGAAGGAGGACGCCUCUGUCACCGCCGUUUUUAAGAUCGACAUGCAUUGCGAGGGUUGCGCUAAGAAGAUCAAGCGUGCCAUGAAGCAUUAUCCAGGUGUGGAAGAUGUGAAGGCAGACACUGUAGCCAACAAACUGACGGUGGUUGGGAAGGUGGACCCAGCUAAAAUCCAACAGAAAUUGCAGGAGAAAAUGAAGAAGAAAGUAGACCUUAUCUCUCCUCAGCCUAAAAAAGACGACAAAAAACCCGACGAGAAAAAAGAAGACAAGAAGCCGGAGGAGAAGAAAGAGGAAAAGAAGGAGGAAGAGAAAAAAACCCCCAAAGAGAGUACGGUGGUUCUGAAGAUCAGAUUACACUGCGACGGAUGCAUUCAGAAAAUCAAAAGGAUCAUCUCAAAGAUCAAAGGUGUGGCGAUGGUGACGAUAGAGGGAGGCAAGGAUCUAGUGACGGUGAAGGGAAUAAUGGAGGUCAACGAGCUGGUUCCUUAUCUCAAGGGUAAGCUCAAGAGAAAUGUGGAGGUGGUUCCACCGAAGAAAGACGACGGAGCACUACCCAAGAAAGAUGAAGGAGCUAAGAAGGACGACAAGCCCGCCGCCGCAGCUCCGGCCGGCGGGCAGAAAGACGGCGGUGCAGGCGAGAAGAAGGAAAAAGAAGCCGCCGGCGGCGGAGAGAAGAAAGACGGCGGUGGUGAUGGUGGGAAGAAGGAGAGUGCUCCCAAGGUGGAGGUGAACAAGAUGGAGUAUUAUCCAGCAUAUCUACCACAACCAGCGUAUUGGUAUGACGGACACGGGUACGGUCAGAAUCAAGCGAUGCAGGUGUACCCACCGCAUCAAGGGUAUGUUAACGUGAAUCAAGGGUACGCUUACCAUGGAUACGCAAUGGACCACCAACCACAUUUACACGCGCCGCAGAUGUUCAGUGACGAGAACCCCAAUGCAUGCUCUGUGAUGUGAGUCACCCGGCGGAGUCAACGGUGGAUAAUAUAUAUAUAUAUAUAUAUAUAAUAUAUAAUAUUAUAUAGAAGACCAAAAAUGUAAAUAAGAAAGAAUUUAGGGAGAGAAAACUAAAUAGGAAAUUACAGGGGGAGAGAAAUAGAAUUUUGGAAAAUAGUAAAACUAAUAGCCGGCCGUUGUGCUGCUUCUGGGCUGGCUUUUCUCACAUAAUGCGCUGGCCGGUUGGUACUUGUAGUUCGUUUUCUUUGUUCGUUUAUUAAUGUUAAUUUUUUUUAAA